UUUUGUAUUUAAAUGAGGAAAUGAUCACAUGGAGGGAAAUUGAAAGUGAAUAUUUCUGGGAACUUACUACAUAUCGAAAAAAAGAUAAAAUACAAAAAGCAAAGAGACAGUCUGAAGGUGAUCGGUCACAAGUAAAUGACUUUCCUCUCCCACCGGAAGGAGUUUGUCAAUGCACGCAGAAUGCGGAGCAAUGUCUGGAAGGACCUCCAGGGUUACCAGGUGAACCAGGUGCUGACGGCCAUAAUGGUGCUCCGGGAGAGCCAGGAAUACAAGGAAAGGCUCCUGAACCCCUCUCUAAAAUUGAAAAUCAAAUGUGCAGAGAAUGUCCGGGAGGAAGGAAAGGAGCACCAGGAAAACCUGGGAAUAUUGGAUUACCAGGCCCAACAGGCGAGCGAGGCCCUAAAGGAUUACCUGGAAAUAAAGGAAAACCAGGUCUACUUGGAGAAGAAGGACCAGCAGGAAAAGUAGGAAGGACAGGAAUGGUAGGAGAACAAGGAAUACAAGGAAAGGAAGGUAUUAUCGGUGAAAAAGGUGAACCUGGCCUUCAAGGGAAGCCUGGAAAACAAGGCCCUCGAGGGAUAGUUGGAGAGCCUGGACUUAUUGGAAAACAAGGUCGAGAAGGACUUCCCGGCCCAGAAGGUGAAAAAGGUAAAGUUGGCGCUCCUGGCCUUUUCGCACCUCCCGGGUUUAUAGGAGCAGACGGAGAGCCUGGCUCUGAUGGAAGUUAUUGUCCAUGUCCAGAAAGGAAGAGACGACUUUCUCGGAUUAUUAUUAUUUAA